CUCAUGUAAGAGGGCAUAGUCACUUGGUGCCAGGUCGGGGAAUAAGGCGGGUGUGGGAUCACGGUGAGCCCCAGUGACUGCACGUGCAACUGUGUUCAAUUCCCCGAUAGAGACGCCUUACAUGAUGCUGUCAGGGAGUGGGUACGAGACACCCCCAAACAAUGGUUUCGUGAGGCAAUACGGAAAUUGCCAGAGAGAUGGCAACGGUGAAUCGACCUCCAGGGAGAAUAUGUGGAACGGACCGAAGUGUAAAAUGGGAGCCACCACCAUCAAGGAUCACAUAAUUCAGAGAUUGAAUGCAGUGACAUCAGAAUGUUCAGGCUAUUUAUUUGGCUUGAUGCACGAUGAUACCUUGUUCGUUGUGGGACUGGGAUUUGAUUUAAAUGAAGAAUGUAAUUCUCUCUCACUUGAUGAUCAGGAGCGAUGUAUCAGUCAAUCGAAGCUUCAUUUUCCGACUGAAGUUGAUGUGUGUGGCUUUGUCACAUUCACAGAUUCAUAUUUUACACCAGAAUUUCUUGAAGGUCUAGAGCAGAAUGUACACAUAACAGACAACCCUCUUCUCUUGCUAUACCAGCUGGGCAAUCUUACUGGAAUAAAAGCUCAGUUAUACGUGCAUGAAAAUCUGAAAGAUGCCACUUACGAAGUCGUGAGUGAAACAGACAUUUGGACACAAUUCGUUCACGUGCGUCUUCAGACAAGGCUUCCACUUACAUGUGAACUGCAAGCUGAUGCCAUCAGUGAGACACUAGUUAUGCUGCAAAAGAAGGUAGCAGCAGGAGUCGUAUGUUUCCACUUCCCCAAAUCAAGUGUGUAUCUGAAGAGCAGCAGUUCAGAAAAUGGGCUGAAUGGAAUUUCGGGUGACCAAACAGUUGGAGAAUUAUGUGAUAUUCAUGGCAGUUCAGAAUCAAAUCACAGCCUCACUGGAGGUCGUGUUAAAGUAAAAGGCAAGAAGAAAUGUUCUCCUAAAGAAGCUGAUCUUUUAUCAGUUGAAAUGCUGUUAAAGGCGAGCAGGGACAGUCUUGUAGAGUCUCCAAACAAGUGUGCACCUAUCAUACAUCUCAUAAACAGAAGCUACCGGUGUCUGAAGACCGUCAUUAAAGUUGACACCAUCUCGAUGGUGCAUCGAAAUUCAAAGGUCGUUCACCUGUAUACUGCACUAGUGGACAGUUUGUGGCGGAACUUGAAACUGAUAGAGAAUUCAUUCCUAGAGCAGAUAUCAAAUUCUGUAGAUUCAAUGUUCGUGGUGUCUGCACCUGAGACCUACCAUUUUCUACCUCGUGAAUGUGGCCACUUUGUGACAGUCGUGUAUCAAAAGCAGAAGCAUGACUCUGAACUGGAUACGGAGCGCAGGUUGUUACAUAAGUUGCUAGCCCUUCCACUUGACAGACCAUACUUCAGGCGUGGAUGUGCGCACCUGUUUACAGAAGACAUUCCUGUCAAUGCACCAUUGAUCAAUGUUCAUGAAGGUUUGACACCUACAGUAAAUGGUGGAGAGGUUUCUCUGGUGCAGGGGACGUACAGUUAUCAUCACUACAGACAAGAUCAUAUUGAUGACAGCGGUUGGGGCUGUGCAUACCGUUCAUUGCAGACUAUUGUCUCUUGGUUUAAGUGGCAGGGUUACUCAGAACGUGCAAUCCCAACACAUCAUGAAAUUCAACAGUGUCUCGUUACCAUCGGUGACAAACCGUCGUCGUUCGUCGGUUCGUGCCAGUGGAUAGGUUCCACAGAAGUGAGUUUCUGUCUGGAGUCCAUGUUGGGCGUUACGUCGAGGAUUCUGUCUGUCAGCUCGGGCGAGGAGCUGGGUAGCCUCGGCGGAGAGUUGGCGUACCACUUCAAGAUUGAGGGCACUCCUAUCAUGAUAGGAGGCGGAGUCUUGGCUCACACCAUUCUUGGUGUGGACUUCAAUAAGAAUUCUGGUGACCUGAAGUUUUUGAUCUUGGAUCCUCACUACACUGGAAGUGAAGAUUUGCAAAUAAUUCAAGGGAAGGGUUGGUGUGGCUGGAAAGGUGUCAGUUUUUGGAAUAAGGCAGCUUAUUACAAUCUGUGUUUACCUCAGCGGCCAAGGGGCCCGUAAAUAUGUUCGUCUCUAUCUGCGGCUGCCAAAUUUAACGUGGUCGACGAAUUGUGUAUCUGCAGAAUUUUUGAAAGUUAUUGGUGUGGGAUAAAUUUAUUGUUGAGUCUGUUGAUGUAUUUUUGUGAAGAAACAGCGAUGUUCAUAUUAAAGAUUACGUAUUGUUGUUCA